CCACGAAAGUGUGCCCACAUUGUGUAUUAGUUGUUUCUUUUGUAGUUAAUUUUUAUUAUACACUCUUUUUUUCAAGAUUUAUUUUUGCAUAACAUGUAAUGUUAAACAGUAACAUAUACAUGCAAUUAUACCUCUGCGCCUGUAGGGGGGGGCAAUGGGACUAGUUUGCCUAUGCAUCACCGGAAAUUUCUCUCAUAACUGAGAAAGAUUUAAUGAAGGCAAGCCACAGUUUCUGUGUCAUCCUUUUUGUUCUCCACUUUUCAGUUUUUUUUAUACAGCUGUCUACGGGCGCCACAACCCGGUACCUGUAACAGUUUAUUGGGGGCUCGUCCGGGAUCUUCUCCGCUGUCAGGGUGGAAGAUGAUCCAGUGAUACAGACACCUGGGACCAAAGGUGACCAGCCAGGGAACUAGCCACUCAUUGGGGAGAGAGAUUCGAUACGGUGACCCAUUGCGUGAAAGAGGGAAACACUCAUGGCAGACAGUGAGAGGAAAAGCUUGGUGUGGACCAUCAAGAAAGGCCUGCUCACCCUUUCUGCAGAUGAACUGUUCCAGAUUGCAAAGUCGCUGGGUCCUGUGCCAGGGGUGGACCGGUCUCGUUUGGCACCUAUGGAUGAGGAGGCUUGUUUCGACUACAUCAGCAGUUUCAUGCACAGUAAGCACUUGCAAGAGUCUGAGGAUGAAGGCCUAGCUCACUUAUUAGAGUUGAAAGAGGUAGUUGAUGUAACUAUUCAGAGUCAUGUGUCUGACAUACAAAUGUGUGUAAAAGGUAAUGCUGUCUCACAUGUUCCACUGUCAAACUUACAAGUUGAUAUCACUGAUGAGGAAACUCAAGCUAAUGUUAAUGUAAAUCCAGUUGAUGGUGAGACUGUUGAAGUUGAUGCUAAUGCAAUACACCCUUUAGCAAACACAGCUAUCAACACACACAACUCAGAAAUACAGAAAUUACUGGCUAGCUAUGAGGAACUUAGUAAGAAGAUCACACAGUACAUACCCACCUCCACUCUGCAGUCCACACUCCAUUCACCUGCAAAGUCACAUCUCACAUCACAGAAUAGGGACACAUUGAACACUAGGCGUUUGGGUGAAUAUCCCACAACUGUUGCUCAUGACAAGUUGGUCUCCUUAAGAGAGUUGUCCUAUCUACAUCGUAGAGAGUUCAAGAUUCAGGGUGGUCAGAUUGGAGAUCAUGGUUCAGACAUCAGUUAUAACAAUGUUUGCCGCCAGAUUGAAGAAGGGGUAAAGGAGCAAUUUAGUGAUGCAGAAAUUGUUAAAGCUGUCCUCAGGGCAAUAAAACCUGGAAUUUCAAAGAUAUGCUUAUGA